UUGUGACAUCAAAAAAUUGAAAGAAGCGCCAUUAUAAUUUUUCUCUCUUUUAAUGCAAUUUAAAAGAAAAUUGCUUGUGUUAUUCACAUUUAAUGCAUUACAAACUAAAGAGUAACUUGUAUGUGGUAUCAAUAAGUGUUAGUUACUGAAUAUGUGGAAGGUUUUUGCUGGUUAAUAGCGUUUUAUGUUUGUGUCGAUUUGUUUUCAACCGUGGCGACUUGAGAGACUUCAGGGAGCUUGUCGGAGGAAUUUGACAACUUAAAAUGGCGGAAUCUUUUGAACUCAAAAAUGUUUUUGAUUUAUGCCCUGUGUAGUAGUUAAGGUAGUGUUUACUCUGUGAAUAAACUAUUGUGCAAAAUAUUUAAGUAUAAAUCUUCAUCAUGGAGCAUAAUUUGGACGACUCUCUAAACUUGGAAAGUGCCAUGGGCAGUAUGGACUUUGAUCACUCAGGUGUGGUUGUAAAUCAAGAUGACAUCUCGUUAGAGACAACCGGACAUGAACCUGACAUACCGAUGGAGUUUGAGAACAUUGAGGAGCAACAGAUGUUGAUGGACACUGGUGGAGAGGAGAUUAUAGUUUCAGAAUUUAUGAAUGACCAGUAUUCUCUACAAGAGUAUUCUGUACAAGAUGACUCAGCACAGGAAACAAGUGGACUGGAUGAAGGACAUGGUUUAAAUGUGAUGCAGACACAAGGAGAAUCAAUGAUUGACUUACAGUUUGAUACAGAAAUACCUCAAACUGUAACACAGGAGCCAACUCCACAACCCAAGUAUAUUGCAGUUAAGGCAGCACAACCUCGCAGAAAGAACGAAACCAUAGUGACAAGCAACCCCCCUCGUCAAGUGGCCAUAGCUCCCAAGCCCCCAAAGUUGGUGCCAGUUUCACAAGGCUUCUCGUCUGCGGCGAAGCACAACGUGGCCAUAGCGCCCAAACCUGUCACCAUGGUUAAGAACUCCACUGUGGUGAAGAAGAUGUCUCUAGCAAGUGUGCUACAAAGUGGCUCGAAAACUGGCAAUACGUUGUUGACACAAAUAGGCAAGCAACUGGUUAUGGUGCCCACGGGUGGUGGUCAGAAAAUUAAACUGGUUACAUCCAGCUCGGGGAUGCAAUCCGUACAACUUGUACGAGCAAGUAGCGAUCAGGCUGAGUUGAUCAAAAACGUUAGCGGCACCAACACACAGAAGCCUGUGCUUGCAAAAGUUAUUGUGCAAGGACAAGGAGGCCUGGACUCGCUGGGCCAGUCGGCGGUCAUCACGAAGCUGAUGCCUUCUACGAGCACGGCGCAGACACGAUACGUCAUGCAACAGAAAACUGUGCCCAUCUCCAUAGCUGCUAACAAGGUGCUCCUGGCGUCUCCAACAAAUCAAGGUGUGAAAUUCUCUAAGAAACAAAUCAUUUCUAUAAAAUCGCAAUCGCCGAUGUCGUCACAAGGUACUACCAAGAAGGUAGUCAUAAAAUCAAAUCCAAGUCAAAAUGUUAUACUGAAGACUACUGCGCCACCUAAAACUGCACAGAUAUCGAAGGAUGGGAAUGUGGUGAUGACGGGACAAAGGUCGCAGCUACAUCAAAUCAACGUACCUGGGAAAGGCAUUCAGUAUAUACGGCUGAUAACAAACCCGACUCCCGCAACGCAGAAGGUAGCUGUCAAACCACAAAACCCUUCAAUGGCAGUCCCAGCCAAAAGUUUCGUUCUAACUGAUAACAAAGGUAAUCUCAUACAGAUGACGGCGGAGAAAUUAAUCAGUGGACAACCGCCUCCAUUGGUAGUCACAGGAGGUACCAGCAACAAAGUGACCACGAAGCCACAGAAAAAGUUAGUGCGAAUAGCGCCCAUACCCAUGAAACCCGCGCAAACCGCACAGCAACAACAAUCAGCGCGUUCUUCACAAAGCCUACUGGCACCUCUCUCUCCAAUGGUUGAGCCGAAUUUAGAAGACAUGUCAGAACUCCUUGACGGCAGCAGCAUGCAGGAAGACUGUGACGUCACAGAGCGAGGGACGAGGGAGAUGGAGAGAGAGAUAGAGCAGCGACAAGAGGAGAGGGAGUCUAAGGCCGCGCUCAGAGCUCUCAUAGCGGAUACUGUAGCUGAUGAGACGCAAGAUGGAAUGCAUGGCAUGCAUGAAGUUGAAGUCGACUUUGAGAGACAAGAGACGCCAGACGACGACGACAACACGAACAGUAUGGAUCACGACAGCAGCAACAGGUCGGAGGAACAUCCGCUUAUCGUCAUACCUUCCAGCUAUGGCAAGCAGGGACAAAUGAGGGAUGACAGGAGCUACUCGAAUAUGGAUCAAGACAGUUCGCUUUACCUCUCACCAAAAGCGUCACAAGCUCUCUCUGAAAGUGAUGUUUCAACAGACUUAGUAGCCGGUGACCUCGGUCUCAGGCCGCGUAAGGCCUGCAACUGCACAAAGUCACAAUGCCUCAAGUUGUACUGCGACUGCUUUGCCAAUGGGGAGUUCUGCAACCGCUGCAAUUGUAACAAUUGUCACAAUAACCUGGAGAAUGAGGAGCUACGCCAGAAGGCUAUUAGAGCCUGUCUCGAUAGGAAUCCUAAUGCUUUCAGGCCAAAGAUAGGAAAAGCGAAAAGUGGUGGUCCUGAUAUAAUACGAAGGCACAAUAAAGGAUGCAAUUGUAAAAGGAGUGGAUGUCUCAAAAAUUACUGUGAAUGCUAUGAGGCGAAGAUAGCAUGCACGUCGAUGUGCAAGUGCGUGGGAUGUCGCAACGUGGAGGAGACGCUGGAGCGGCGCCGCGACCUGCGCCUGCGCGACGUGCGGCCCGACCCCAUGCUGCGGCCCCCGCCUGCUGGACAUCUCAAACAACCAUGCAGCUUCAUGACUUCAGAAGUAAUAGAGGCGGUGUGCCAGUGCCUGCUGGCGGCGGGCGUGGAGGGCGGGGCGGGCGGGGCGGCGGGUGGGGCGAGCGGGGCGGCGGGCGGGGCGGACGCGGAGCCCGACCCGCUGCGUGACGUCAUCGAGGAGUUCGCGCGCUGCCUGCAGGACAUCAUCAGCGCCUCGCACCAGUCUACAUCGCUGUCUGUACUUGAUGAUGGACCAGCGUAGCAUAUAGUCCUGGCGUACUAAAUUCUAGAAGAAAGUGAUUUAAUUUUAAAUGAUGGAUAAAUAGCAUGUAUAAUCUCAAUGAUGCUGACUGUAUAGACGAAAUGCUAGAACGCUUCGGUUUACUUUAAUUCAUUUGAUGAAUUGAUUGACAGAGCAAUAACUAGGAAUCGUAGACGUGUAUAAAUAAUUAAGAUUAAUUAACCACUGACAAACUCGUAUCGCUUACAAAAGACUGUUGUAAAUAUAGAUACUCACGAUAUAUUAUAUUCGUGAAACAUAUGCACAUAAAAUCCAUUUAUACAUAGUAUGGAAUAAAAAUGUACAUUAAUAUAACAGACUUUCAGAUUUUUAUAAAAAGUUUUAUAGACAUGUACAUAAUGUUGUUGUAAAUAAUAUAUUUUACUAGUCAUAAGAAUACCUUGACGUAAGGUAGAUAUACUGUAAGUAGCAAUAUUAAAUACAAUGUUUCUUUAUA